AAGUUUUAUAAGUUGGUUUUGUAGAUGAAUAUAUUUUACCUUUUGUUUGUUCUUAGUAUUGCUGGUUUGUGGGCAGGAUAGAGAGGAAUUUUGAUGGGUCAGCUCAUUAUGUCUAUGAACAUCAGAACUGUUUAAGAUGUUCAUGCAUCUGCUGAGAGGAACUGGUUGUGCACUAAAGAACUACAGCCAAUUAGUUAUCUGAUGGUGGAUUUAUUAGCGUUUGUUGAGAGAACACUGGAACAUUGGAAAUAUGUUUGCUGCAUAAAACCACAGUCCUGUUUGGGCUUUAAAGCAGCAUUUCAAAAAUUACAUGCACAGGGGAUUGUUCAAAGCUAUAAUGGGGAAAAUGUCCCAGAUGGUGGCUUUAAUCUUGAGAUGUUGUCAGACAGAGCUUCAGAGAUUGCCCUAAUCACCUCUUCCUCUUAUUUUUCUAGGCUACAGAAAUGGCAUAGACUUUCAUCUCUAAAUGAGCUAAACUAAGACUUGUUGAUGUUGAAAAGAUGUUGGAUGUUGGGAAAUGGCCAAUAUUUGCUCUCCGCUCUCAAGAGGAGUUGAAGUUAAUUCGCCAGGCCUGUGUAUUUGGCAGUGCAGGCAAUGAAGUACUUUAUGCAACUGAAAAUGAUGAGGUUUUUGCGCUUGGCACUAACUGCAGUGGUUGUUUGGGAAUCGGUGACACACAGAGCAGCAUUGAACCUCGAAGGUUAGAUACUUUAUGUGGCAAAAAACUAGCCUGCCUCAGCUAUGGAAGUGGCCCCCAUGUUGUUGCUGCUACCACUGAAGGAGAAGUAUAUACGUGGGGACAUAAUGCUUAUAGUCAACUGGGAAAUGGAACAACCAACCAUGGUUUAGUUCCUUGCCAAAUCUCCACCAACUUGUUAAACAAAAAAGUGAUUGAAGUUGCCUGUGGCUCACAUCAUUCAAUGGUUUUAACAUCUGAUGGAGAGGUUUAUACAUGGGGCUACAACAAUUCGGGGCAAGUUGGAUCUGGCUCAACAGCCAACCAGCCAAUUCCACGGAGAGUCACCAGCUGCUUACAAAGCAAGAUUGCAAUUAACAUUGCUUGUGGCCAGAUGUGCUCAAUGGCAGUGGUAGAAAAUGGGGAGGUUUACGUCUGGGGAUAUAAUGGCAACGGUCAGCUUGGAUUGGGCAAUAGCGGCAAUCAACCAACACCUUGCAGAAUAGCAGCUCUGCAAGGCAUCCGUGUGCAGCGGGUUGCCUGUGGCUAUGCACAUACCUUAGUGCUAACGGACGAAGGUCAGCUGUAUGCCUGGGGAGCAAAUUCCUAUGGCCAGUUAGGCACUGGGAAUAGAGGGAACCAGUCCUACCCUGCACCUGUUCCUGUGGAUAAAGACAGAGUCGUAGAGAUUGCUGCAUGUCACUCCGCUCACACUUCUGCUGCUAAAACCCAGGGUGGCCAAGUAUACAUGUGGGGUCAGUGCCGGGGACAGUCUCUCACUCUGCCGCAUCUCACCCACUUUGUCUGCACGGAUGAUGUCUUUGCUUGUUUUGCUACUCCUGCAGUGACUUGGCGUCUCCUCUCAGUGGAGGCUGACGACCACUUAACAGUAGCUCAGUCGAUAAAGAAGGAAUUUGACAGUCCAGAUAAUGCAGAUGUGAGAUUUCAAGUGGAUGGAAAAUACAUUCAUGUUCAUAAAGUCCUUCUCAAAAUUAGGUGUGAGCACUUCCGUUCAGUACUAAACAACAACAAUGAUGAAAUUAUAGAAAUAAGUGAAUUCUCAUAUCCCGUUUACCGAGCCUUUCUGGAAUACCUGUACACGGACAGCAUCAGUCUUCCUCCUGAAGAUGCAGUAGGCCUGCUGGACCUCGCAACCUUCUACCGAGAAAAUAGACUGAAAAGGCUUUGCCAGCAAACAAUCAAGCAGGGAAUUUCCGAGGAGAAUGCAAUCGCCCUUCUUUCUGCCGCAGUCAAGUAUGAAGCAAAGGAAUUAGAGGAAUUUUGCUUUCGGUUUUGCAUAAACCACUUGACUGUAGUUACUCAGACAUCAGGCUUUGCAGAAAUGGACCAUGACCUUCUGAAGAACUUCAUUAGCAAAGCCAGCCAAGUGGGAGCGUUUAAAAACUGAAGGAAGGGCAGUUGCAGAAAAUCAAGGUAUUUUCACAAGGGAUACUCAUGAAGUAAGUGCUGGAAAAAGAGUACAACUCAUGAAUGUAGUUUGGCUCGCAAAACAUAGCCACUAACUUCAUGGAGCAAAAAUGGCUGCGGGACUCUCAUAGCCACUCCCCCACCCCCGGGAUAUUGUUGCGUCUUCCUUUAUGUCACUUGUUCAGCUUUGAAAAACCUUGCAGAAAUGCUGUUUGGCAGCAUUCAGGAAUCAGUGUGCUGCCCUAGUAAGGGAAAACUCCCCCUCUGAGUGCUCUUAGGUCGGAAACCUAGGAAAGGACACAGUACCCCUCUCGUCUAUUCACUUCACUAUGUUCUACUGUUUGCCACCUCUUGGCUUUAGCUUGGGCAUGGACAGACUUAAUGUCCUCUUCAGUUUGAGGGACUAAGUAACCUAUGCUUGUGUUCCAAACAUGUAUUGUAGAAUUCAGUGGAAUUCUCUAAAAUUGUAUCUGAACUAUUUGCCGAACCCUUCAGAGCAACACACUAUCCUAAGUGAAAUUCAAAUGGUGUCACUCAUCAGUCUCUCCGCUGCAACAAUGGGGCAAGCUUUUGUGGGCUUUUGACAGGGAAUUAAAUUACUCCCUCGUUUAAGUCUAGGCUAGUUUUCAGAAAUCUAAACCCACUUAAAAGCAAGUGCCAUAAAAGCUCCAGCUUUUAUCAGCCGUCUACAAAAGUGACUGCAGUGGCAAAUAACCUCAUGACCGGGAUUGAGAUGCGCUCAGCAACCAGAACCUACAGUAUUUUUUCUGCAGGUUGCUUUACUUUUUAAAACAAACAAGCAGCAACUGGUGUUUUCCUCAUUUGCAGGUAAAUUUGGUUAUUAUACCAGCCUCUGCUGUGGUUGUCAUUUCUAGGCUGUCACUAUAAUCCUCAGAGGCAAGAGGAGCAGGGAGCAGCAUCGCAAAGCUCUUUUGUACUCCAAGCUACAAAGUCAUCUUUCAGUGAGUGCCUUUUGCAGCAGAAAUUACUUCUCUGCUUCCAUCUACCCAAGGGCGGGUGGUGGAGGACAGAUAAACAGUUUACAUUAAUAUGUCAGAACAUCAAUAAAAGAAGGAGGGGCAGUGGAGCUGCUCUAUGGGAAAGAGGUUGGCUGGGGGAGAAAACGAGUGGAUUUUUGAAGAGAUUGUGUUCACUUACCUUUUUUAACUCUGGUUUUAAAUUCUGCCCACCUGUAUAAAUUAUGUAUAAUUUAUUCUGCAGAUCUUGGGGGGCACUGAGCUCUUCCCCUUAACUACUAAACUUUGCUUAACUCUUCUUCCUCCACUCCCACUUCUACGGCUUCAGAUAUCUAAAUUUAACCUUCUCUAGUCACACACUCUUACAGGGAAAUCUCAACAGGAGCUAGUUCCUUCACUGUUAAAACUGGUAGAAAAUACUCAAGUGUGUUUGACUAAGGUGUAUUUUUAGAACUAGUCUUCUAAAUCUCUUCCAUGUAUGUGGGGACUUGAAAACUGCUUCAAAUUCUGAUACAUAUCUGUGCAUAUGUUAGGUCAGAGAAAAGCCACAGUACUGUUUUGUCUUUGUCACCAAAGUGAAAUGGGGUGCAAAGAAAAAUGGGGAAGAAAAUUGGUGUUUCUAGUCUAUAAGGUAAAUUAUAAGAGCUUUUAAACUUCCCAUUGGUAGAAAGUACAACUGGUAUUGACCUGAAAAGUAGAUUUGUAAGGGUGUCAUGCUGUCACUGGGUUGGGGGGAGUUGCCCUGGUGAGGAAGGCAGGAGCGAUAAGCUCUUCCCACAGUGGGUGUCCCCCCAGACUCACCAAGCUCAAGUUCUGCUGGCUGUAGAAGGAGCAAAACGGGAGCAAAGCUCAGGCAAGAGCAGGAAACGGGGGGCACCCACUUCUUGAAGAGCUUAUUGCUCCUGACUUCCUCACCAGGACAACUCCACCCAACCCAGUGACAGCAUGACACAAGUGUUACUGCCAAGUAAACCUUGUGUAAGAUAAAGCUAUAAAAGUUGCUUAUUUAAUCCUUAUUGCUGAAAAUCAGCAUCCUUGUGGGCCAUUCAAACCAAAUUAAGGAGUUUUUGCAUGAUACUGUGGCUGUACUCCUGUGAUCCUUGGAAAGACGUCCCGUGGCCACAGAAUGCAUCAGCUCUCCCUUUCUGAGGAUGAAGAGAUCCUUCUGCCACAACUGCCCUGACCAGACCAACCUUGGAGAUCCAGUGUCUCUAGGGCCAAAAAGGGACCUGCUGGCUGGCCAGCAACCAUGGGAAAGUGACCCAAAGGAGCUAGUGCAUUUGCUGUCCCUGCCCAUGUCCACCAGCUGAGUGCUCCUCCACCCUCAUUUCCAGCGCUGGCGAGAGCCUGGCAGAGCAUGAGAAAAGGAGGAAGACACUGCUCUCUCGCCCAGUAACCCAAAAGCCACAGCUAGGAGGAGGCAGAAGAGAGGGCUGCAAACCCCUCCAGCCAGAGCGCUGACACUCUUUUGCCCUAACCCUUAUCUGAGCAUGUGAACCUGAACACCUGAAGAGAAAAUGUAACAACAACAACAAAAGGGCAUGAGGGCAGAGGGAGGGAUGGCAGGCGAAUAUGAAACUGUAUUGUAGUAAUACAAAAGCCCAAAUAAACUAAAGGUGAAAAAGCCCUAAAAAUAGUUACACACUAGUAUUUUGCUAGCAAUCUGACUGCAUUGAUAUCACUAUUAACGUUAUACUACCAAUGUUUGUAAAUGUGUAUUGUACUGAAAUAAACAUUUCAAGAAUGUA